AAGGCCACUUCUUAUGCCACGCCUACGCUUAAUUGGCAGGCUGGUGAUCGGCAAAAGUCAGGUUACUCCUCCAUUGAACACCUUGGAAAGCGGAAAGACGAUCUGUCAUCUCCCCUACUGACUAGUCAGUCUAUCAUGGGCAGGCCAUGCCUAGCCGGUACGCAAACUGCAGCCCAAAUGAUGCCCAAGUCAACAGCCCAUUUCCCCGGCAAUGGCUCUGCUUACACUACCGGCAUCAUUGUCGGUUCCGAGGCUGACACAAGCGUUAUCCACACGGCUCCAGCGAUUUCGGACUCUGUCAGUCUUGACGUAGGCACCUGUUCCGGUACCAUCGGAGCAUGCCAUCCAACUGCUGCAUCAACUCUAGCCAGUCUUACCAAUAGAAACCAAGUAGCUCUUACUGCCGCAAAAGCUAUGUCUACGUCCACUUUGACAGGAGAGGGAAGCCUAGCAAACACCAGCCUUCUAAGUUACAACAGCUUCCAACUGGGUGUUGAUGAUCUCAGCCAUGAUUCAAGUGGCCUUGGGGGCUCUGUAUCUGAAACGAGUCUACCAAAUUGUUCGCUUCUUGAGCACGAAGAACUUGUUGGUUCCACAGCCUCUAAUGGCCGUUUUAGAUGGCCCACGGGCGAAGCUGGUUUCACCACAUUCGGCCGCUCAAGGGGGACAACGCAGCUCACUGGAAUUGUCUCAUCUGGCGCCAACACAAUCACCACUGUCGCCGCUCCAGGUAGCACUAGCACCACAGGGUGUGGCGUAAAUACCGCUACAGCAGGCUCGCUUGCGGAUCUAUCGUCGACUAGUCAGUUCUCUGAUCUUCUCCUACGCGAAGAAGCUGACUCAUUUACCGGAGUUCAUGGGCAAGCUGUCUCUGGCGUAGCCCCGACCUCAGCCUCAGGUAUCACCAACCUUGAUCAGCUGGUGGCGGCAGGCCGCGAAUCGCAGAAGUUGCUUGAUGAAAACAUGGCUUCUGUGGCUCGCUAUGUGGAAGAGUUGACAGGCUGCUACAGCGGUGCUAGUAGUCGCUGGUCGAGUGUAGGUGAUCUUACUAGCCUUCCGCCCGGGGCCACUGCUACUCCUGCAGGGCCCGCGGCCUCCGCCUCGGGGCCAGGGUCAGAUGCACGCUGGGACCUGCUGCAUGAACUGACCAGGUCACCAUAUCCAACCUCGCAAGCACAAGGGCAUACUCAGCCCUAUGCGCAAACUACCACUGCACACCAGCACCAGCAUCUGCCUGGACAUCAGUAUUUUCAGCACCAACACAUAAUACUACCUAAUCCUGGAAGAAAUGGCCCGACAGGAAGUAGAAGUGAUAAAUGCUCAAGGAUAGGGGAGGUUGAAAAGAGUCGAACUGGUCGAGGACAAGAUGAUCGUGAACUGGAGAUGCAUGGAAAUGAGGUGAGCAGAGACAAUGGUAGGCGAAGAAAGUUGUCACUAGCUGACAUGAAGGAGGAGGAAACCGAGGCGGGGCUUGAGGCUGUCCUAAGGAUAAGAGAAAGGGAACGACACCAUCCAAACUAUCGUUCAGAUAGACCGGAGGAGGAGAGAGAGGCGGAUGAAGAAGAGUCGCUAUUGGUUGGACGGGCAGAAAGAUGUAAUGUUGGCCAUUCGGGGAGGACUCAGAUUCGCCAAGUUCCAAUUCCACAGCCUUAUGAUCAGAAUUUGGCUCUAUUAGCUGCAUUGACAGAGAAACUUACCUGCCCAUCUGAUUUGGUAAAAGAUACUGGACUCAAACCAUCCCUAGCUCCGACUUUCGCCCAAAGUCACAACGCUGCCGAGCUUCUUAAUUACUUGCUGCUUAGUCAGAUAUCCACUGGUGCCGGCAUAGCAGGCAUAGGUAAUGGUGUUGCUGGUGGAAUGAGUGGUGGAGCUGUAGGCGACGGCGACAUCCUGCGCCUCGCCUAUCAGUACCUAUUCAGCCAAAGUCCGUCAUCCGGGCCUCCGUCACCGAUGUUUGCUGGCGGACAGACUGGUCAGUUGGUAGGUGAUGAUAUUGCAAUUGACGUGGCCGGACUCCAAAUGCUUUACCAGCAGUUGCUAACGGGAACAGCAUCAACUUUGGGUGCCAGUGCAAUAUUGGGCGGGGAGACCGCCAAUGUGACAGUCAGUCAAGCUUCGGGCAACGCCAGUAUUAACAAUUGCAGUGGAAGCUCACGUCGACAUUCAAAUGAUUCGCUGAGUAUGGUUGGCACAGCUUUAUUGCCUGCUGCAGGUCUAGAAAAUGGUAGUGGGAAGCAGAUGGGUCAAAGUAUCCGUAAUGCUGGCGCACUUCUGCACCAGCAUCAUACACAGCAGCAACACCAGCAGCAGGGAUACCAGCACCAAAAUCAUCCACAAUUACAGGCAGCAUUAGUUCAAUCAAGUUUAGCGAACCUCCCAGUUAGCACAUUGGCCUCGCUAUUUGCUCUACAGCAGCAGCAGCAG